UCUCAAAUAUCCAUCAUCAACCCGUUUCUUUACCUGGUUCAGCAUGGCGACUGAAGCUGCAAAUGCCAUGCCACUAGCUCCUGACCUGAGCAAAGCUUCUGAAAAAACUCUUAAGAUUGAAAAUACUGAGAAACGUGACACGCUCGUCGCUACCGAAAAAAAUUACCAGAAAGCAUGGGCGGAAGCACAUUUGUUCGAAAGCGACGCUCCAACCACAGCUGAAAUUCCAUUUGGCUCUGUUUCACCUGCCGCCCUCCGCGAACAGGAGCCCAAGUUCAUGGGAACUAUGGCUUAUCCAUAUAGAAAUGGUGUCUUACACGCUGGUCAUUCCUUCACUCUAUCCAAAGUGGAGUUUGCCACGGGCUAUGCGAGGAUGCAAGGAAAGCGGGCUCUAUUUCCAAUGGGCUUUCAUUGCACAGGCAUGGCGAUCAAAGCAUGCGCUGAUAAGCUUGUGCGGGAGGUGGAGAUGUUCGGCAGGAAUUUUGAGGCAUUUAACGACGACACAGAAGCGGACGGCCCGCAGGCGCCCACGCAAUCCGAUACCAAAACAGACGUCACCAGAUUCUCGUCGAAAAAGGGGAAAACGACAGCAAAGUCAGUCAAGGCUAAAUAUCAGUUCCGGAUCAUGCUGUCCGUCGGCGUUUCGAUUAGCCAAAUCCACCUCUUCGCGGACCCGUAUCAUUGGGUGAGGACUUUCCCUUCCCUAGGAAAGCAGCACCUUUCCAAACUCGGCCUCCGAAUCGAUUGGCGACGGUCUUUCGUUACAACUGACGCCAAUCCAUAUUAUGACUCCUUUGUUCGCUGGCAGAUGAACAAGCUGAAGGAACUCGGGAAAAUCAAAUUUGGAAAGAGAUAUACCGUAUACUCGCCCAAAGACGGACAACCCUGUUUAGAUCAUGAUCGUAGUUCAGGAGAGGGCAUCAAUACCCAAGACUACACAGCUGUCAAGCUCAAGGUCUUAGAGUGGCUUGAGACUGCGGUGAAAGCAACCUCAAAAAUUCCAGACGGGUCCAGGGUGUACUUUGUGGCUGCCACUCUGCGUCCUGAGACCAUGUACGGACAGACUUGCUGCUUCGUUGGUCCAGACAUUGCCUAUGGUAUCUACAGAGUCUCUGAUGACGAAUACUUCCUUGUCUCGGAACGAUCCGCUCGAAACAUCGCAUUUCAGGGUAUCUUUGCUCAGUGGGGAGCUGUCGACAAAAUCACAGAUAUACUGAGAGCGGAUGUCAUUGGGACCCUGGUUAACGCGCCUCUCUCAAUUAAUGAGCGUGUUCGAGUUCUGCCCAUGGAGACUGUGAAAUUCUCGAAAGGAACCGGUGUUGUGACGUCAGUUCCCUCCGACAGCCCCGACGAUUAUGCCACCAUAAUCGACCUCACCAAGAAGGCAGACUACUAUGGAAUCAAGAAGGAGUGGGUUGAGCGAGAUAUCAUUCCAAUCAUUGAAACACCCAAGUAUGGUUCACUCAUUGCUCCAUCGCUUGUCCAGAGCAUGAAGAUCAACUCCCCCAAGGACCCCAAGCUGCUAGAAGCCAAAGAAGAAGCAUACAAAGAAGGAUUCUACCACGGAACCUUGAUCUACGGAGAAUUCAAAGGCCGCCCUGUAUCCGAAGCGAAAGGGCUAGUUAAGGAGGGUUUGAUCAUAUCUGGGGAUACUUUCAAUUAUGCUGAGCCAGAUGGCGUUGUAAUAAGCCGGUCAGGAGAUGAAUGUGUCGCUGCUCACUUGGACCAAUGGUAUCUCAAUUACGGCACAACCGAGAAAAGCGGCGGUGGAGAGUGGUGCGCACAGGUUUUACGCCAUGUUCAAGAUGGGCUGAACACCUUUUUCCUGGACGCGAAGAACCAGUUCGAGCAAACACUGGGCUGGCUUAGCCAAUGGGCCUGUGCUCGGUCUUACGGACUCGGGUCAAAACUGCCUUGGGAUCCACAGUUCCUUGUCGAGUCACUCAGUGACAGUACAAUCUACCCAUGCUAUUACACCGUAGCACAUUACCUCCAUACAGACCUCUUCGGUAAAGAACGCGGUAUAGGAGACAUAUCGCCUGACGAGAUGACGGAUGAGGUCUGGGAUUAUGUGUUCGCCCGGAAGAGCGAGGUCAAAAGUACUGUGCAGCUGGAGACACUCCAGUCGAUGCGACGGGAAUUCGAGUACUGGUAUCCACUUGAUCUCCGCGUCUCUGGUAAGGAUUUGAUGACGAACCACCUUACAUUCUUCCUCUAUAUCCACAUUGCUAUGUGGCCGCAAGAGUUUUGGCCUCAAGGUGUCCGUCUAAACGGCCAUCUUCUUCUUAAUGGUCACAAGAUGAGUAAGAACGCCAAUUUCGAGGAGUCCGUGGCAAACAGCAUAAUCCUGAAACUAUACGAGCUCAGGAAAUGGUGCGAGUUCACAAUCAAUGAGGCUCACCUUAUCGACUCUGUGGAGGAGUAUAGAAAGCUCUGCGAUCAAAAGCACAUCAAAAACAUGGACCACGUCCAGCGGCAAACAGAACUAGGAUUUUGGGAUUAUUUGUUCGCGAACGAGAUGGCAGCUCUGGUACAAGAAACGAAAUCCCACUACGACAAGAUGCACUACAAGAACGCGAUCAAGUCUUGUUUCUACGACUUCACUUCUGCUCGAGAUUUCUAUCGUGAAUUCACCAAGUCUGCAGGAAUCGGCAUGAACCACUCGCUUGUACGGCAGUACAUCGAGGCGCAGGCGUUGCUCAUUACGCCUAUAGCACCACAUUGGGCGGAAUACAUCUGGCUCGAAGUACUCCAGAAGCCCACCAGUAUCCAAAACGCGCGAUUUCCCGAACUCACACCAGUAGAUUCACAACUGACGGCCACUCAAGCAUACAUUCGCUCUAACAUGUCUAAUAUCACAUCAGCAGAAAGUGCACAACAACGAAGACUCGCCAAAGGCAAAACCACCAAGUACAAUCCCAACGCAGCCAAGAAACUUACUGUCUUCUUCGCCAAAGAGUUUCCAGCGUGGCAGGGCCGAUACAUGACUCUUCUCCAGGAGACUAUGGAAAAGUUUGGGGCCAUAGAUGUUCGUGGAUCAACUGCGAAUAUCGACAAGAAGGACAUGAAGAAGGCCAUGCCUUUGGUCCAGAGCAUCAAGAAGCGCCUGGAUUCUGGGGCAGAUCAAACGGCAGUUUUUGAAAGGAAGCUUCAAUUCGACGAGGCUGACGUUCUCGAUAAAAUGAUCCCUGCGCUGAAGCAGGUGAUUAGGAAAUGUGAUGAGGUCAUUCUUGUCGCGGUUCAGGCAGAUAUCCAAACCCAGGGCUUACCACCAGUCGCACAGGCUGCAGAUCCUGGCAACCCGGUAUUAUUCUUUGAAAACGUUUGA